AUGGCUCAAAACAUCACGCUCAGCUACAAGGGCAUCACUCCAGCAGUGGCAGUCUUUGGGACACUGCCUCGCAGAUUCUAUGACACUGAGUCCGAGGGCAUUCUGAGCUACGAGGGCGCUGGCCAGACCGACAUCCCAGUCUUCGAGAGAGCCUUGCAGGCCCAGCAAGCGCUGAUUGAGGACACAGUUGCCGGGGCCAGCCGCACUCGACCUCAUCAACUGGACCUCAGUGCCCUGACUGCCGGAACAUUGGAGGUGGAAUUCUUCAGAGAGGUGAAGGAUGAUCCUGGCUGGAGAGGACCGGCAUUGCUGCUCAGACUGGAUGUGGAUGAGGGUGUUGCAGUGAUCCAAUACCAAGGCAAACCCUACUUGGUGGCACUUCGUCACAUCAGACCGUUCCGAGGCAUCUACCACGUCGCCGUGCAACAACCUGAGAUGGACGAGAUGCUCUAUAGGCUGAUGCGCUAUGUUGAGUCCUUGACAGGCUACAAGAUCUACCUCUAUGGCUGGGUGCGCAAUCAGCGAGAUCAAUGGAGCAAACUUCCCAAGAACAACGAGGAAGCGGAUGCAGAAAAACGCAAGUCCGAUUGGCAUCUCAAAAUUAAGAAGAUCACGAUGCAUCCUCGAGAAGAAGUCUGCCUUCUCUACCUCUUCUACUACCACUCACAGCUGGCAGAAGAGGAAGGACCGGAGGAGAAUGUCUCAAAGAAGCGCGAUGGCCCUGAAUCGCGAUCUGUGGUGCUUGCUCCAGGGAAGAAGAGGCAGAAAUGCGAGUUCGUGAGGAAGGACCAUGACUUCAUCAAGAGCUACCAUGCGGCAUCGAUGGUCAAGCAGUUCGUACAGUUUGACAUCACGGUCGACUGGAGAUAUGGAUUUGACUGCAUGACAGAGGCGACCAGUGAAACCAGCAACCUGGACGACGACAACCUGGACCCGUCGUUGUGGCCGCAGAUCGAAGCUGCAGAUCGCAGCGAAAUCCAACAAUUCGUGGAUGAGAAGGCCUUCAAACCGAUACACCGGAUGCAGGUGACGGAAGACAUGGUCCAGAUCGACGCCAGAUGGGUCAGAAAGUGGAAAAGGUUGCCAGACAAGACCCUGAAGAUCAAAAGCAGGUUAUGUGCCAGAGGUUGCCUUGACAAACAAAAGGAACUAGUGACAACUCGGAGUACGACUGCAACUCGACUUUCGCAGCGUCUCCUGGUGUCAGUGGCUGCCAGGAAGAAGCAGGGCAAGAGGAAGAAGAUUGAAAGCUGGGACAUCGCCGGGGCGUUCCUCAAGGGGUUUGACUUCAAAGCCAUUCAGAAGGCGCUUCAGAAGCUUGGAGUGACAGCGCCAACGAGACAAGUCAUUGUGUAUCCCCGGAUGAACUUGUCGCUACAUUCGUUCCUGCUGGAGCUUGGAGCCCAUCGCAGCAAGCUGCAUGAGAAUUGUUUCUACUGGAAGCAGCCGAACAAGGGUAAGGUGGACAUCUUCAACAACUUGGAUGCCAUGGUAAUGACACAUGUCGACGACCUUGCUAUUAUGGCAGAGGAAUCCUGGAUGGACCUCCGCUACAGCAAGUUCGUGCAGAAGUUCCAGAAGGUGACACGCCAACAGCUGCCCUUCCAACAUUGCGGAUGCGAAUAUGCAGAGACCAAUCAAGGCUGCUCCAUCACCCAGAAGGACUUUGCGGAGAAGCUGACUCAUGCCAAAGUACCAUCUCGAGCGGAGGAAUCCAAACUCAGAGUUCCGAUCCGUGCUCGAGUCACAGUAGCAGAAAUUCGAGACAUCAAAUUGGCCAACAGCGUGGUGGACAAGGUGAAGGCCUACUCCGACGUGCGCUUGCACUACAGAUUCUUCGGGAGUGAUCAUCAACGAGUAGUCUGUGUGCAUGACGCUUCAUCAGCGAGCAAGGGCCGCCACUAUGCGCAGGAAGGCAUCCUCGUCAUGCUUGCGGUUGAUCAUUGGAGAGGCCAUCAAAUCGACCACGAGCACAUCUGCGACGACUAUACCGUCGCCAAACAUGGUGGCCUGAUGCACGCUAAAAGGGUGAGCUACAGCACGAGUCAUUCGGAGACGUUGGCCAUGGUGAAUGGAAUUGAAUCCACAACAUCAGUUUCAACAAGGCUGUCCGAAAUCAUGCAUCAUGAACCUGCACCUUCACUGGACCAGUUGGUUGUUCUGCAAGAAAAUGGAGACCCCAAUCUGCCAGCCGAGUACUACUCAGAUUGUGCUGAUCUUUGGGAACUUUCCACUGGACAGAGGACAUUGCCCCAGGACAAAAGCCAGAGGUUGUACAUCUUGGGCAUUCGUGAAGCUCGAAUCAGUGGCCGUAUGAGGCUCAUGUCCCUGGUGCCAACAGCUUCCAUGGUAGCCGGCUCGCUCACCAAGCUGAUGGUUUCGACCCAGCCGUUGCAUUUGCUGAGCGCUGGAAAAGUGGAGUUCAAGAACGAGCCGGACCACCCAGUGAAGUCGUGGGUGCUACCAUCGAUCCCACUGGAUGAGGAGUCAGACCUGCUGAUGAACGAUGAAGAGGUGAUCAAGAACGCUGAGAGCGCCAAGGAGAAGAUUUUGAUGACGACGGCAUCAGUGCUGUUUGGGCUGGCGGCUGGAAUCACAUCCAAGAGUAUGUUGCUGCCAUCUACGGCCGUGGCAACGGCGACACCAGUCGCAGCGCACCCCCGCGGGAACUAUGUGCCUGUCGACAAGGAUGAGCAUAGCUACUGGCCCGUCUAUGUGACCAUCUUCAUCCCUGUGUUUGUGGCCAUUUGCGCAGAGAAGUUCAUUACGAAGUUUGUGAACGUUGUGCAGAAUAUGGCCACAGACAUCCUGGUGCCGAAGGAAGAAGGAAGAGCAGUGCAUGAAGAAGGAGAAGAAGCUCUACCUGUGGAGCCAAUGGGUCUGGAGGAUGAAACAUUCACCUGGACGAAAGACAUGGCCGUCGCCUUUUACCAGAGAACGAAGGCACAACAUGAAGACUACAUCAACAUGACCGAGAAGGUGAUCAAAGAGAAUGAUCAGAGAAUCAGGGGGCUGGAACAUGCUGAGGCAAUAAGCCAGGACAAGAUCAAGACCACUGGUGAGUACGCCGAUAUGCGGGCGACACGCCGUGAUGCGCAGAAGCAGCUGGAGAAGGAGAUGAAGCAGAAGCUGGAAGCAGCCAAUUCUGACAAGGAGGCUGCGGAAGCAGAUAAAGAAGAAGCACAGCAGUCCUACGACGACAUGGCCGCUGUCUACAACGUGGCGAUCUCCGAGAAGAAGAUCCUGGAGUCUCAGCUCAACAUCAUGACCAAGGAUCGAGAUCAUCAUUCGAAAGAAGCCGUCCAGACCAAAACAAAGUUGGAAGCUGAGUUUCAGGCAUACAAGAAAACAAGGAAGGAGAUGCUCGAGCACAAGGAGAAGUACGAGCACCUAGUGGACCAGGAAGCCUCCAGCGACACCAUCUCAGUGCUGGAGGCGCGAGAAAGAGUGGAUUUCCAGAAGAGGGUGAAAGAAUCAAUGAAGAUGACGAUGGCCGAGCUCGAGCAAGCGAACGCGAGAUUGGCGAAGCUCUACCAUCGCCACAAGGCGAACCUGCAAGAAGAGCUGAAUAGGGCCAAAGCGCCCGAGGAAAUUCGGAUUUCCGGGUCAGGAGCGUGCUACCACAGGGCCAAGUUGCAAUCACUGCCCUAG